AUGACCAAGACAAAGCGCUUUCUGAAAUGGCUUGAAGUGCCGCAAGAUGCCGAUGCGACCUACGAGACGGAUCGCUGGACGAACCGAGAUCUCAUCCCAAUGCCGCGAGAACGCAGAACGUAUGCGAUCUGGUCGUACUGUAUCUAUUGGUGCAUCAGCGGGCUUUGCAUAUCAGCGUAUACUCUUGGCUCCUCACUCCUGGCUUAUGGUGUCAACUGCAAACAGGCAAUGGCUGCCAUCGCCAUCGGUUCAAUACUGGUCUCGCCUCUCGUGAUAGCGUGUGGCUGGAUGGGGGAGCGGCAUCAUAUUGGAUUUACCGUCGCAUCCCGUUUCACUUGGGGCAUGUAUGGAAGCUACUUUCCAGUCGCCCUUCGUGCCUUUACCACCAUUUUCUGGGAUGGUUUGCAGGCUUACUACGGUGGACAAGCCAUGGCUGUCACAAUUGGCGCCGUCUUUCCCUCCUUGUGGCGAAUGGACUCAACGCUGGGCGGAACACUCUUGACCAAAGAUCUGAUUGGAAUGCUGAUUUACUAUGUCUUUUUCAUCUUUAUCAUGGCAAUUCCACCCGAAAAGCUGCAGAUUCCUUUUAUUUGCUCCAGCAUUAUGUUUGUUGGGACACUGAUCGGACUUCUCGCUUGGGCUGUCUCUCAGAAUCAUGUGGGCGGCGGAGCUGGCCCACUCUUCGACAUCGAAGCCAAACCUUUGCACGGCUCAGUAGGAUGGGCGAUGAUGUUCGGCAUCGCAGGUAUUCUUGGUUCCUGGGGUGGUGGGACACUUGGUCAAAGCGAUUGGACCAGGUAUGCCAAUCGACCAUUUGCACCCAUCGUGGCGCAGACGAUCAUGGCUCCGGUGGCGAUAUUUGUCUGCGGCACUGUCGGUAUAAUCGUGACAAGUUGCGCGAACGGCAUCUUGGGAAAGACCAUUUGGGAGCCGUUCGUUCUCCUUUCGGCAAUUCAAGGUCAUUACCACAAUUCCAGCAGGGCACGAGCGGGAGUGUUCUUCGCCGGAGCCGGCUGUGUCGGAGCUCAGCUAGGCAUAAGUAUUGUGCUUAACAGUGUAAGCGCUGGCAUGGACCUGGCUGGACUUUGGCCGCGAUAUUUGAACAUCAGACGAGGAGCGUAUAUCUUCGCCGCCUUGGGCCUGGCCUCGAACCCUUGGCAGUACCUUUCGAAUGCCAGUACUUUCCUCACUGUGAUAUCUGGUUUCGGCAUCUUCCUGGCACCUUUCACAGGUGUUCUCCUGACCGAGUACCUGAUCGUUCGCAGCCGGACAUUAGUGCUUGAGGACCUUUACAAGGGAGAUUCUUCCUCCAUAUACUGGUACCACGCAGGAUUUAAUUGGCGUGCAGCAGUCUCUUGGGCGGUCGGAACGGCUUUUUUGAUGCCGGGGUACAUCAUGAGCCUCGCUGACGAGAGCUCAUACAAUGGCUGGGUUAAGCUCUUUCAUCUGAACUUCCUGGCCGGGGUACCUGCGACGAUGGUACUCCAUUGGAUUGUGAACAAGAUCUCGCCACCUCCUGGUCUUGGAUUGGGCACUAAGUUCCACGAUGAUAGCGUGCCUUUCGGAAUGCGGCAAAUUGACGGCUUAGAGCCAGAAAAAGUCGACUCCACCGAGAGCAAGUCUCCUCAGCUGCAUAUGAAGUUCGAACACUCGCCGAAUAGCGGUGCAGUGUAAUGAUUGUCAUGGAAUUUCAAGUGUGAUUAGAACCUUCGCUGGAGCUGAGCGCGGCCUUUUGCCGAAGCCUGAAUCUUUCAAUGCUCUGUGACACCCCGAAGCCGUCCUUAAGCAUGCUGCCUACUUCUUCGAGCUCUAAUCCAGCAGUCUCUGGGUAGAUGGACAAGAUGCAGAACCAACCUCCCAGGCAGAUGAGACCAUACAGAAGGAAAGUAGUGCUUGCACCAAGUAUACUCAUCAUCGGCAAGAACGU